CAGUGCCAGUGUUACGGACAGUGCUAGUGGUGUAUGUGUGACCUACCGGUGCCAUGAUGUCCAAGUCGAUGAUAACAGUGCACACUCUGUAUAACUUCUUGUGGUACUUAACCCACGCGUUGAUAUCAGUCGUGCAACUGAUUCACAGACACCUGUACCUCAAGUUUAAAACAAAGCGUGUCUUAAGCCUUGAUUUGCGUGAAUUAGCCAAUGGUUUGCAGAAAAUACCGAAACAUAUCGCCGUUUGUGUCAAUGAACACCACGUGGACUGCGAUCAGUUGAUCCAAUUGAUCCAAUGGUGUCACGUGUUUAACGUGAAGUACGUGUCCCUCUUCAGCCAUUAUGAUACAUUCGUGUCUUUGAGUCAAUUGGAGGACCAGUUCGUGAGGUGUGCGACGAAUGGACACAAAGUCACGGAUGACGGCGCGCACAACAAUGGCUUCGCUAAGACUCGAGUGAAUGGGAAGACAUCCGUCGGUGUGAUGACAACAAUGGAUGGUAUGUCCGUAUGUGUCGUGUCUUAUAAGCACUCGCGACAGAGUAUAGUGAAAGCGGCCCAACAUUUGAGUCGACAAAACGCACCCAUCGAUCAAAACCAGAUCACAGACUAUUUAAGAAAAACGUAUGACUUCCCGGACCCGGAGCUGUUGAUAGCGUUCGGGGGGUCGCCGGCCGUCUAUGGGUACCCCUUAUGGCAGUUAAGGCUAACGGAGAUGUAUUUUCUUCCAACUCAUCGCCACUUCCAAUGCAAUCAUUUCUAUGAAAUUCUCUCGACGCCCGGCUCUUGCCAUCAGUCGCUGCGCUCUUAUCGCGGCUUUUGGACCGACUUCUGGAGCCUCGGCGGCGAUGGCGGCGCCGUUCGCGUGAUUUACUCCGCGAUCGCUGUUGUCUUCGCUCUCUGGAAGCGCUUCUAUUAUCUCUAG